CAUGUAAUUCCACCCCAGGGAUGCUACCUGAUAUGUACUGACUUGGGUUUGUUUGCCUUAUGCAAUAUUGCAGCGGUUUCAUGGAUAUAGUUAACUGACAGUUUGAUUUUACUUAAACCAUAAAUAUCUGCUUAACUUCUUCUUUGGUGUUGUCAACUACUGAGAAGAAUGCUACUUGCCCACACAUCCUUCCCUGUGUGUGUGUGUGUGUGUUGUGUAUAUAUAUAUUUCUGCUUAUUUGUGCCAACUUCUAGAGGAAGUUGCUUAUGGAAUAGCAGUAAGGUACACUUGCUGCUUUUGCAGUUGGCUAGUUUUGCCUUUGAAAUGUGUCAAUGACACAGACCUUUGAUAUAAUGGCAAAACAUUCUGUUUGGAAAGAUUUGCAAGGUAAAUGGUUCUAGUGUGAUAGCUUACAACCAGAUCUCUGCAGAUGUGCUCAGACAUUCUCCUGUGCUCAAUGGUACUUCAAGUGAGCCUCUAUAAGAUUAUAGCCUUUAAAACCUUGGUUCUAAUAACUGCAUAUUCUAUAGCGUAUUUGUAACUCAGUAAUCAGUACUUUCUUGCCCUAUAGGAGCUUUAAAAAUAAUUGUAAAUUCAAUAAAUUUGAAUUCAACUUAAAUUUACUAAAUAUUCCUAUAAAUGAACAUAAAUUGAGCUCUAGUCUCUAACUGGGGACACAUGGAUGAAUAACACUGUGGUAUCCUGAAGUCAGAACAGUUGUUCAACCUCAAACAAAGAUUGAUGAUUAAUGUUUCCUUAGUAUGUUAUCAUACAACUGCUAGGAAAUGGAAAUUGCUGACAUGGCUGCUUACAUAUGCUGUUUUUCAUGUUUUGAGUUUAGGAAUGAUGAUGUUAUAAAAUCUCAGUAAAUUUCAGUAAUGAUACUCUGCUUCCCAACUGUCUGCUCUUUUCAACAGUCAAGCCCUUCCUCUCCAGAACCAGCCAGUCUUCCUGCAGAGGACAUCAGUACACAUUCUAAUGGUCCUAAGCCUGCAGAAAUUAUACUAGAUGAUGACAGGGAAGACCUUUUUGCUGAAGCCACAGAGGAAGUUUCUCUGGACAGUCCGGAAAGAGAACCAAUACUAUCUUCAGAAUCAACUCCAGCUGUCACUCCUGUUACACCAACUACCCUAAUAGCGCCCAGAAUGGAGUCAAAAAUUGUAGCAGGCCCUGUGGAUUUUGAAAGAUCCAAAGAAGAGAUUGAAGAAGAAGCUAAUGGGGACCUCUUUGACAUUGAAAUUAAUGUGUCAGAUCCAGAAAAAGUUGGUGAUGGCAUGAAUGCUUACAUGGCAUACAGAGUAACAACAAAAACUUCUCUGUCCAUGUUCCACAAAAAUGAAUUCUCUGUUAAAAGAAGAUUCAGUGACUUUCUCGGCUUGCACAGCAAAUUAGCAUCAAAAUAUUUGCAUGUUGGGUACAUUGUGCCUCCAGCUCCAGAAAAAAGUAUUGUAGGUAUGACCAAGGUAAAAGUAGGCAAAGAAGACUCAUCAUCAACAGAAUUUGUAGAAAAAAGAAGAGCAGCACUAGAAAGGUAUCUACAACGAACAGUAAAACACCCAACCUUGUUACAGGAUCCUGAUUUAAGACAGUUCUUGGAAAGUUCUGAGCUGCCGAGAGCAGUUAACACUCAGGCUCUGAGUGGAGCAGGAAUAUUGAGGAUGGUAAACAAGGCUGCCGACGCUGUCAACAAAAUGACGAUCAAGAUGAAUGAAUCGGAUGCAUGGUUUGAAGAAAAACAGCAACAAUUUGAAAAUCUUGAUCAGCAACUUCGGAAACUUCAUGGUAGUGUAGAAGCCCUGGUCUGUCACAGAAAAGAACUUUCAGCCAACACAGCUGCCUUUGCUAAAAGUGCUGCCAUGUUAGGGAACUCAGAAGACCACACUGCUUUAUCAAGAGCUUUGUCUCAGCUUGCUGAAGUUGAAGAAAAGAUAGAUCAGUUACAUCAAGAACAAGCUUUUGCUGACUUCUAUGUGUUUUCUGAGCUUCUCAGUGAUUAUAUUCGCCUUAUUGGUGCAGUAAAAGGUGUGUUUGAUCAUCGGAUGAAAUGCUGGCAGAAAUGGCAAGAUGCUCAGGUGAUGUUACAGAAAAAACGAGAAGCUGAAGCUAAACUGCAGCUUGCCAACAAACCUGACAAAUUACAACAAGCUAAGGAUGAAAUCAAAGAGUGGGAAACAAAAGUUCAACAGGGAGAAAGGGAUUUUGAGCAAAUCUCCAAAACAAUACGUAAAGAAGUAGGAAGAUUUGAGAAAGAACGUGUGAGAGACUUCAAAGCUGUUAUAAUCAAAUAUUUGGAAUCAUUAGUGCAAACACAACAGCAGCUGAUAAAGUACUGGGAAGCAUUCCUACCUGAAGCCAAAGCCAUUGCCUAGAAAGAAGAUACUUUCAAAUAUGAAGACCCCCGUGGAUGUUCAUCCCAGCUGAGCUCAGUUCCACAAUGAAAUCACUUUAAAAUCAUCCAAAUAAACCACUAUAUAUUUUAUGAAUUUAACAUGUGGCUUUUUAUAUACUACAGCAUUUUAUUAACAGCUGCAUGUCCUGACCCUCUUUGAAGUGGACUGUGGCAUGACAUUCUGCAAUACUUGCUGAAUUGAACACUAUUGUGUCUUAAUACUUGCACUAAAAUGUGCGACGCAAGGCCAGAAGUUAUUUUUGUUCUUUACAAUAUGUUCUGUCUACUUGAUCUUUAUGAAACAAAUUGCAUUUAUUAAUGUUCACAUACGCAUUCCUGUACAUAAUCAAGAUUUUGUGAUUACAGUAAUAAAGGGAUGUACCUUGUGAACCAUUAA